AUGAAUAACUCAAUUUGUAGAGCAUAUAAUAAGAAACCUUAUAAGCUUAUAUUUGGUGGAACUCCAUAUAGUCAUUCUGCUGCACUUGAUCAGUUGCUUGAAACUAGUGUUUUUUCCAAAGAUAAAAUUCCAAAUGAAUUUGGAUUAGAAAAUAUUCAGGAAUCA